GUGUUUGGGCUUACAUUUUAGUGCUAGGGAUGGCCCGAUGGAGAGUUAUCCCUGUAGACCUAAUUUGCGUCUUGGUGGAAGCUGUCGUGUUCUUUCAUCAAUCGGCGGUGAGAUGUCGUAUGAGCUUCUCCGAAACGGUCUUAUGUAUGCUUCAUGGCAGCUCUUUAAUGGUUCUCAUCUCCACCACGUCGUCUUUAAUGUCUAGCUUCAACCCAAAGUCGGAGAUUUCUGGAUAUAAAUAUUCCGGCCGGUGCUCAUCCACCGUCGAAAGUAGGCUUCUGAGGUUCUGGGAGGCUGAAAACGUGAAACGCGGCGGUGAGCUCAUGUGGAUCGACAUGCUGAUGGUUGACGUCAAUGGGGAUCAGCAAUCGAUGUCAAGGAAACACUGGAUGAUGACAUAUAUGUGCUUAUCUCCAGCUUUAGUUACCAAUGCUUAUACCUUCGUCUAUGUACAAAACGCAGCCGCUUUAGACAAGAAACCAGAAGUUUACUGUAACUGCCAGAGCAUUGGAAAAUGGAAAGCUCUCAACCGAAAAGGAUCCAAAGAUGUGUAUGAGUUUACUGAAUGUCCUAACUGUUACCCUCUGGCAAACAACAAAGGACUCCUUAGAAGGCCUGGUGCUCAUGAGCUCCUCGAUACGAUGUACAAUGGUCGUCUUCUUCUCAAUUCACGAGCAGCAGAGGCAAUAGAAGAGGAAGAAAAGUAAUACAUUGGGGAUGGCAUGGGAAGCUAUAGGAGAAUGGGAUGCGAGAACAUGUUUUUGUAAUAUGCUGCUAGCUAGCUUUGUAUUGUUAAUUCUUUAUAAACCAAAGAAUUUUCUUUUUCCUUAGACAGUCUUGACGACUCAAUUUCACGUUUCCUACAUUAAUUAUUUGUCUCUAGACAAAUGAGGGAUACUUAUAAAUUCCUGUUGAUUAUUUCAAGUAAAUUAAAGACAGC